AUCCACAAUUGAGCAAUUUGUGCAUUCAUAUUGCCAUUAUACUAUAUACGUUUUUGCAAACUUAUUUCAUACUCAUACCGUCAACGAGGGUUGAAUUAACAGGUAGAUUAAGCGUUUGAGAAACGUGGGUUCCAGGCUCAGUGCAACCCCGGACUGGAUAAAUGCCAUGGGUAGAAGUUUGUAAAAGGGGAUCUGUAGUAUGAUCGCACGCCGACAGAGGGCGCCGUUCAGCAGCACGCCGAUCCGCGCCUGUGACGGAUUUCCCAGGGCUCAAAGAAAGAUGGUGAAAUUUGGACUUCAGUUUAAGGCGACGCUGGAAAACAUCACCAACGUCCGACCAGAAGGGGAGGACUUCCGCUGGUAUUUAAAGCUUAAAUGUGGAAAUUGCGGAGAAAUUUCAGACAAAUGGCAGUACAUCACAUUAAUGGACAGCAUGCCUCUGAAGGGAGGAAGAGGAAGUGCCAGUAUGGUGCAGAAGUGUAAGCUAUGUUCCCGGGAGAACUCCAUUGAUAUCUUGAAAGAUACCAUCACUUCAUAUAAUGCAGAAGACAGUGACAGGUUUAAGACCAUGGUGCAGUUUGAAUGUCGAGGUCUGGAACCGGUCGAUUUUCAGCCUCAGGCUGGGUUCAGUGCCCAAGGUGCAGAGUCUGGGACUCCUUUCCCUGAAAUCAACCUGCUGGAACGAGACUGGAAUGACUACGAUGAGAAGAUCAGCGAGUCUGUGGGCAUCUAUGAAGUUACCCAUAAGUUUGUCAAGUGCUGAUUUCUGUAUUUGUAGCUGGGUAGUUCAACACCCAGCUGUCUGCAACUGACCCCCCUCCCCCCUUUGACUUUUGGUGACAGGAUGAGCCACCAGACCUAUGUGAUUUGGUUCAAUGCAGGGCGAUCUUACCCAGCUUCGGUCCAUCUUUAACUGAACUUGUGGGUGACAGAGUAAGCAGAUUCUAUCUGAAGGGGAUGGCGCCACCUUGUGGCUGGAGUAUCACAGCUGUUUAAAUCCCUCAAUAAAAUCAAAGGGUAAAAAUG